AUGGGUCCUAUAAGUACUGUAAUGAGACCAUGUAAAGAUGAUAAUGGAAGUGAACUUAUUGGUUAUUUUGUUGAAAAAUGUGAUACUUCAAGAUAUGUUUGGCAAUGUAUUGAAUAUAAUGAUCCACACAUAUUUACACAUACAGAUGUUGGUUUCACUGAAGUUGUUGUACAUCAUUUUUAUGUAUAUGCAGAGAAUUGUGUUGAAAUACUACCAACAUUAACAACAUUUGAUCCAAUUAUUGAAAAAAGUUCAUAUACACAUCCAGAUAUACCAGAGGGAUCAUUAUUAACAAAAUUCUUUCAUCAAAUUCAAUUGAAUAUUAAUGACAAUCGCCAUUAUUAA